GCGUGCUGGGUCGCGGCGUCCUGUUCCGUAGGGGCAGCCCGCGGCCCCGGGUUCUGUCCGGGUAGAGGCGGCUCUCUGCCCGGCCUGGCAGAGCUUGCGCGAUGGGCGACGGGGAGAGGCUGGAAGCGGCGGGGCCCACGCUGCGAGAGAGGCCACCUUCAGCGCUCAGUGACCACAAAGCAGGGCUGGAUGAAGAGCCACUCCUAAGGAAGAGCUCCCGGCGGUUUGUCAUCUUUCCCAUCCAGUAUCCCGACAUUUGGAAGAUGUACAAACAGGCACAAGCAUCCUUCUGGACAGCCGAAGAGGUUGACUUGUCAAAGGACCUCCCUCACUGGAACAAGCUUACACCGGAUGAGAAAUAUUUUAUCUCUCACAUCUUGGCCUUUUUUGCAGCCAGUGAUGGAAUCGUAAAUGAAAAUUUGGUGGAACGCUUUAGUCAGGAGGUGCAGGUUCCAGAGGCACGCUGUUUCUAUGGCUUUCAGAUUCUCAUCGAGAAUGUUCACUCAGAGAUGUACAGUUUGCUAAUAGAUACCUAUAUCAGGGAUCCCAAGAAAAGGGAAUUUUUAUUUAAUGCAAUUGAAACAAUGCCCUAUGUUAAGAAAAAAGCAGAUUGGGCCUUGCGAUGGAUAGCAGAUAGAAAAUCUACUUUCGGGGAAAGGGUGGUAGCCUUCGCUGCUGUAGAAGGAAUUUUCUUUUCAGGAUCUUUCGCUGCUAUAUUUUGGCUAAAAAAAAGAGGCCUCAUGCCUGGACUCACUUUUUCCAAUGAGCUCAUCAGCAGAGAUGAAGGACUUCACUGUGACUUCGCAUGUCUGAUGUUUCAAUACUUAGUAAACAAGCCUUCAGAAGAAAGGGUUAGGGACAUUAUUGUUAAUGCUGUUGAAAUUGAGCAGGAGUUUUUAACAGAAGCCUUGCCAGUUGGUCUCAUUGGGAUGAAUUGUAUUUUGAUGAAACAGUACAUUGAGUUUGUAGCUGACAGAUUACUUGUGGAACUUGGAUUCUCAAAGACUCUAAACCUAAAGACUUGAGCUAACAGACAUAGGAACUGGUGUUCCAAGACUUCAGAACUGCGAGGGGAACUGAUAAGUGCUUGCAAAUCAUGAUGGGAAGAACAUUUCUGAAAAAAAAAAUUUUCUCAAGAUUUUGCUUAUUUCAUGAGAAAGGAAGAGGCCUGAGUGACACACUUUUACUCAAUUUUUUGUCUCCUGUGUGGCCUUGUUGGUCCCACUCCCCCAUACUCCCACUGACCCACAGUGGAAUCAGCCUGUCACAUGAUGCCUGUCACAGGAGCCAAGUGGUGGUUCACCUGGUUGAGCACUCACAUUACAGUGCUCAAGGAGCCAGGUUCAAGCCCCAGUCUCCACCUACAGGGGGCAACUUCACAAGCAGUGAAGCAGGGCAGUAGAUGGCUCUCUGUCUUUCCCUCUCUGUCUUCCCAUUCCCCCUCUCAAUUGAUUUCCAUUCUAGCAAAAAUAUAGUAAAAAAGACAGGAAGGAAGAGAUUUAAGAAAAUAAAGAAUCUUGCUAUAAAGAUGCCUGUCUUGUAGUCUAGGAGGUGAUGUGAUGGAUGAAGUGUUAGACUCUCAAGCACAAGGUCCCAAGUUCAGUCCUCAGGAGCACAUGUGACAAAUUGAUGGUCUGGUUCACUUUCUCUCUCUUCUGUCUCACUCAUAAAUAAAUGAGUAGAUCUUUUAAAAAAAGAAAGUCUAUUUACAAACAAACAAAAGAUACCCACUUUGCAGUUCUUAGGGUGGUUAGUUAUUCAGGAUUAGUGUCAGGAUUGACACAGGGAGACCCUCCAAGACUGUGCCCCAAAAUAAGCUGAGUGUGGAUGACAGCUCAGAACAAACAGCUUUUCCUCCACCCCUCCCACCCUGUGCCUUAGAAAAAGCCUGCUGCAACCCCUCUCAGGCCCUUUGAUUGCUUUACCCACUGGUUCAGUCUGCAGUCUUUGAUGGGAGUUAAAUCUCUCUUUCUGGCCUAUUUCUUGCUUUAUCUCUUUCCUCUCACACAUCAAAGGGAGCCUAAACACCCUCCUCUACAGCCUUGUCUUUCCUGACAAAUAAAGCCCCGAGUUCUUUUACCACUGACCUGAGGCCCAGGGAUUUCUGCCUGUGUCCUACCUCCUCUCCAGUGCACUACUCCAGGUGAGUGCUCACAUCACAGACCAUCUGUCCUGGGACCCAAGCCUCCAAAGCCUUUGUCUGACAAAUAAUUUUCAGGGAUGGCUGAUUUUGUCAAACUGUCCCAGGGGGCUCUCCCCCAAGGACUGAAUUAAUCAUGGCAACAUCUUGAGUGUAUCGACUCCUCUUGUUACUGUUAUUCUAUUAUGAUAGACACUCUCUAGCCAUGCAGGAGAAACACUCAGAACAGAGGGAGAGCUUCUUAACACUGUGUAUCAGACACUUUCCUCAGGGUGCUGGGUUAUCUCCUGAUGGCCUGGCCUAGCACACUCCAAUGACAGCAAGGCUGGGUUUGUAGAGGAGCCAGGUGUUGGUAUACCUGGUUAAGUGCCCCACCCUUCCACCCUGCCAGGCUUGUGGCCCACAAGUGCCUUAGGGGACCUGAGGGAGGAGACAUAGAAAACAAAACAAAAAAAACCUAGGUUUGGUGUAUUGCACUAAAGUAAAAGACUGGGGUGGGGAGAGGGUUCAGGUCCUGGAACAUGAUGGCAGAGGAGGGCCUAGUGGGGGUUGAACUGUUAUGUGGAAAACUGAGAAACGUUACACAUGUACAAACUAUUGUAUUUUACUGUUGACUGUAAACCCCCAAUAAAAAAAAAAAAAAAAAAAAAAAACUUCGAGCCUUGGUCCUGGCACAUGGGAGGUGAGAACACUGCCACAAGGCUGACAUCCACCUGGCCAGGUCUCUUGUCUACAAGUGCCUGCCACUAACCUCGAGGGACAUGGGUCUGGAGGCAGGGAGAAAAGCUCUGCCAGGCCACGAAAAGGGCUGUGUGUGUGUGGGAGGGGGGGCGGCUGGAGACCUGGUCCUGGCAUGUGGGAGGGGAGGCCGCUGUUCACCCACUCUCCCACCUCACCAGGCCACUGGAACACUAGCGUCUCCUACCAACCGCAAGGGCCAUGGGGACAGAGACAGAUAAAAAGCUCCCACCGGGACAGAAAAAAAAAGCUUUCUGGGGGGGGUUUCAAGCCCUGGUCCCGGCUCGUGGGAGGUGAGAGCGCUGCAACAAGGCUGGCUCGCUCACCCACCCACCCAGUCAGCCAGGCCUCUGGCACACUAGUGCCUCCCACCCACCGCUAGGACCAUGACCCUGGAGAUAUGUGAAGAAACUCCUACUGAGACAAAACAAACAGAAAAAUUGGGAUUUUUGACCGCAGAUUCUGGUGCUUGGGAAGCAAAAGCCUCCUCAUAGCCAGUCCUUCCACCAUGCCAUUCUUUUUUUUUUUUUUUUAAAGUCCUGGAAGGUAACAUUCUUGUUUUAAACAUUAUUUAUUUUUAUUAUUUAUUUAUUUUUGCCUCCAGGGUUAUCACUGGGGCUCGGUGCCUGCACUACUAAUCCACUACCCCAGGAGACCAUUUUCCCCAUUUUGCUGCCCUUGUUGUUGUUAUUGUUGUUAUUAUUGCUGUUGUUGCCGGAUAGGAGAGAGAGAAAUGGAGAGAGGAGAGACAGACAGACACCUAAAGACCUGCUUCACUGCUGUGAUGUGACCCCCCUCCUGCAGGUGGGGAGCCAGGGGCUCAAGCUGGGAUCCUUACGCCUGUCCUUGUGCUUCGCACCAUGUGCCCUUUACCCGAUACACUACUAUCAGGUCCCUCGUUUUAUUUAUUUUUUUAAUGACAGAGCAACACUGAGCUAAAGAUACAGAGAGCUACCAGAGCCCUGUUCAGUUCUGGCCGAUUAUAGAUAGUGUUGGAGAUUGAACCUGGGAUUAUGGAGCCUCAGGCAUGAGAAUCUCUUUGCAUAACCAUUUUGCUAUCUAUCCUGUUUAUUUUUAUUUUUGGAUAGAGAAAUUGAGAGGGUCGGGGGAGAUAGAGACAGGGAGUCACCUGCAGCCCUGCUUCACCACUUGUGAAACCCCCCCCCCCCCCAGGUAGCGACCAGGGGUAUUAAACCCAGGGGUAUUAAACCUUGUGCACUGCAGUGCGUGCUCUUAACCUGGUGCACCACCUGGCCCCCUUUAUGUACGUAUUCUCAGUGACUGAUGGAUAUCAAGUCUCAUGGUGUUUUAUGUGACCACAGUAUACGCUAUAGGUUAAGGUGCCCUGUUCUGCCGCAGAGACAACAGCGCCUUUGGGGUAUGGCCUAUCCAGAGUCUAAAUUGUCUGAGCUCCAUCUUCUUUCUCAUAUGCAACACACAAUCCUUUAAAGAGUCUUUUUAAAAUUAAUUUGAUGACAGAGAAAUUAAAAGGGAAGGGAGGAACUGAGGGAAAGAGACAGAGAAAACUGUAGCACUGCUUCUCCACUGGUGAAGCUUCCCCUCACCCCCCACAGGUAGGGACCAGGGGCUUGGUUCCUGUUCAUGGUCACAUGCUCACUCAACCAAGUGAGCCACUCCUGGCUCCUUAGCGAUCUUUUAUUCUUUUUUUUCUUUCUUUCUUUUUUUUUUUUAAGACUUCAUUUUGGGAGUCAGGCGGUAGUGCAGCAGGUUAAGCGCACAUGGCUCGCAAAGUGCAAGGACCAGCAUAAGGAUCCUGGUUCGAGUCCUUGAGCAUUGUGCCAUGUGCCCUUAACCCACUGCACUACCACCCAACUCCAAAGAGGCUAAUAAUUAAAAUAUGUAAAAAGCUCACCAAACUCAGCAACAACAAAAAAAUGACCCCAUCCCAAAAUGGGGAGAGGAUGAACAGAAUGCUCACAAAAGCAGAGAUUCCAAAGGCCAAUAGACAUGAAAUAAAUGCUCCAAGUCACUAAUUGUCAGAGAAAUGCAAAUAAAGACAACAAUGAGAUACCACUUCA